AAAAAGGGAGCGAAAACACCUAAAAAUUCUAUAUUUUUGACGUUGAGAGAGAUGUCAGCCUUCUCUUUCCCCGAGCGCCCCGUCAGCGAGAUCAUCGGCGUCCUCGCCGAGGCUGGCAUCGCCGAUCUCAAGCCCGAAGACCUCUCGAAUCCUACCGCCGACGUCAUCUUCUCUCUCUACACCAACUUCCUCUCCUACGUCAAUCCUCUCGAGGAUUUUCCCGAUGGCGAGAUUGAGUUUUCUGCGCUGGAGCUACUGGAUAACCCUGAUCAUCAUGUGGAUUCGAUUAGGGUUAUUAAUCUUUAUCGUAAGAUUAAGGAUAUGCUUGCUUCGAUUCGGUAUAUGGAUUUCACGCUGAGGGAUCUUUUGAGGCCUGAACCGAAGAGGACGGUCCAUAUUCUUAGUAGCAUGGUUAAUUUCUUGUUCUACAGGGAAGAAAAGCUAAGCAUGCUGCAGCCGAUCGUUGAUCAGUUGCCAGGAUAUGAGAAACGAAGAAUGGAGCUCGAAACAAAGAUAGCUGAGCUGAACAGGGAAAUAAUGGACCAUGAGGUGGCACGGCAGUUGGAGGAGCCUCUAGUGCAAGAGGUGGAUGCCGAGGUUAAAAAGUUAAAGCAAGCCAUACAUAAUUUGAACAAGCAGCAAGUUUCUUUGAAAACAGUAGCCAAAGGAUUGAAAGGGAAAAGUGAUGAAAUUGUAGAGAAGAUUUCUCAAGCUGAUUUCGAACUGGUGAAAAAUGUCCAAGAAAAUUCCAAGUUGCUAUCUAAAAUUGUUCAGUCCCCAGACAAGUUACAGAGAACCCUUGAGGAGAAGAAGGCAAACCGAACUGAGGUUCAGAAUUCUGAAAAGCUAGCUGUGCAAAAUGUUCAAAAGAAAACUACCAUUCUGGAGGUUUACUCAAAGGCAUAUGAAAAAAUGUCGAAGCAUUUAUUCCAGAUGCAGGCCAUACAGGAGCAAGUCAAUUCAGCCAAAGGUGUUGAUAAGGAUGUGAAAGCUUAUAAAGCUAAAUUGAGUGAGGACAAGGUCUUAACUAUCUCACUCGAUGCAAAGUUAGACGAAUGGCAAGGAAAAGCAAAGCAAGCUGCGGAGCUGAUCAAAAUGAUGGAGAAAGAGAGGGAUACAAGAUGUGAGCAGGAUUCUCAGAAACUUGAAACUUUGAGGACAGAACUGGAAUGGAAGUUGCAGUGUCUAGAACCUAGAGAAAAGACGGUCGAAGCUAUGGUUGCAAAGGGUGACAGUUUGUGCUCAGAAGCUGCUGCAGUUAGAGAAGCUGGGAAGGUUAAACAACAACAGCUGCGGUCCAAACUUGAAGGGAUUAUCAAUGCGUUUCAUAGUUAUUCUAAUAAGGUUGAACGAGAACUCGGGGUAGAUGCACCGAAAGAACCGUAGCUGAUGGGGAUUACCGAACUGAUUCUUUGGGCGGUUUAGUGUUUUAUAUAACCUCAGCUCGCAUCGACCAUUUGUUGGAUGAUCUAAUGAACUUGCGAGGAUGUCAGAGGAAGAGCAACGUACCUUCAGCUGUUGUUUUAUAUUGAUGCGCUUGAUGGACGCGAGCUACACUUAUUUUUCCCUUUGUCUCUGAUGAGAAGCCUCGUCUUUAUUUGGUCAUCUGGCAUCCAUGAUUAGAAGAUGCAUGAAAUGUGUGUUAAUAUCUGAAGUUGAAACUUUGCUGUGUUUUUACUUCAAUCGAUUUCUAAAUGUGCAUCUCGUGAUC